CUUAAAAGUUAAAGGGUAUUAUUGUGUCGCCAUUUUGGAUUGUAAGUUUUGUGUGCGCACUAAAUAGGUUGCCCCGUUCUAACACAAAACAUCUCCGUCAAAAUGCAAGGAUUAACGGUCAAAUCACUACGGAGUCACUAUGCAUUGAUUCCUCUGUUCGUAUCAGUGGGGAUUGGAGCUGCAUGGGCAGCUUACUACAUUGGCCGUCUGGCACUGAAGAACCCAGAUGCAACAUGGGAUAAGAAGAAUAACCCGCACCCAUGGACGAAGAUCAAGCCCAAUGAGAACAUAAAGUUCUAUGCCCCGGGAGGAAUCGAAUUUGCCAAGCUGAAGUCAAAUCGACCUGAACUGUAAUCAUCCAGGCUAUUCCCUACUGCGACUCGCAACACGAAACACCAUUUGACGAGUCUGAAGUACGGAGGGAUCGAGGAUGAAGUUUGUUAACAUAAAUUUACAAAUUUGUACAAAGAAAUAACUUUUUGGUUUGAUUGCUUGCUAGUAUUGAUAGUAUUUGGAGCAGUAGAAUAUUAUGUUGAAGUUCAGUUUUGUGCUCCAUAAAAUUUGUAUAAGCUGAUAAUUAACUUUGACCUGGUGUCUAAAUGCUCGCAUCCAUGAUCAUCUUAAGAAGGCAUUAUUCCAAGUAUUGUUUUCUGCUUUUCAAAGAAGCAUAUUGGCAAGGAGUGUUAUCAGAUAAUUUUCAAUUUUGGGCAAGUUAUUUAUCUUUUUUUUUUACUCAAUUGCAUGGAUAAAGUAUGUUGAGUAAUAGCCUAUUUUAAUGUUAAGAUAAACUUAGCUGCCAAAACGAAAUCCCUCAACAACGAUUUUAACGAUCAACUAUUAGUUGUCCUAAAGAGAAACAUAAAAUCUGUUCAUUGCAUGUUGCGGAAUGUUGAUCAAUACUAGUUGGUUGCCUCACAAUGUAAGUAUUCUACACGUAGUUCUUGGUCAUAUCCAAAGGUUUUUGGAUAGUCUAACUGCACAAACAUUUUUCAACAAGGCUGAAUUUAUUCUUAAAAGAUCCCGACGCACAGUCUUCCCCUACCAACAGUAUUCGUUUCCCCUUCAAAUACAACGGGUGUGUUUCUUGUAGAAAUAUUUGUAGGGUAUUACAUAUGUCGAGUCCAAAAUAUCUCUCAGUAUUUCAAAAUUACAGUACAGUUACUUGGAUGUGUUGUGUACUACUCCUGCAGGGUCAUAUUGGACAAUAAGCUUUAACGCACAAGCUAAACAUUUGUCAAAACAGCACUGCUAUAAUUGAGUGACAGGGUUAGGAGUUUUGUUUCAGUAUGUACGUGUAUAAAAACCAUCCUAUUAAAGACAGAAUUUCACUCCCAAGUCCUUACAUAAUUCCCUGUUACACAUGUAGGUUUGGACUUCAACUGAUAUUGAAAUAAAAUUCAAAGAGCCAGUCAUAUAAA